AUGAUGCGUCUUCUUAUGGAUGAAUCUACAUCUUUAUAUAAUUGUUCACGGCUAAUUCAAUCAAAUAUAUCUAAUGCUAUGUUUAUUGCUUGUACACAUGAUAGAUGUGUAUUAAGUGAUGGUAUUCCACAUAUCAAUGAUGUAUGGCCUGGUGUUCAUAUUCGAUAUAUUCCUCAUGGACAUAUUAGUGCAUUUUUAUUUAAUCAAUCAGAUUUUCAUCAUGCUGUUGCUAAAAUGUUACAACGACAAGAAUCAAUUAGUGAUCUAUCUAAUUUUUAUUUAAUACAAAAUUUAGUUAAACUUCGUCACACAAUACCGACAACAAUUGAUAUUAUUGAAAAAUUACCUUCAUUUUGUUAUCUUGUUCGAUAUAAUAAUGUUGUAUCUGAUCAUCUUGAAGUAAAAAAUGUUCUACAUUUAUUUACAAAAAUAGUUGAACAUGAACAUGUGAAAGAACUAUAA